AUGCCGACUCUUGUAGGAAAGGAAAUUGGGUCUACCGGCCUCGGCCUUAUGCGUUUCACCCUUCCCACGCUAGACGCUGGGGCAAACGCUGGGGCAAACGGCCGGAAUGCCGCCGAUUUGUACGGGACACCGGAUCAUAAUUCUUUGCACCUCCUGCAGCGCUUUUUCUCUCAAUACUCGUCCGAUGCGGAGAGGGUGGUCCUGAGCGUCAAGAGUGGGGUGGCAGAAAUGCGUACCUUUUCGAUGGAUAGCUCCCCUGCUGCAAUCUGGCAAUCGGAAACGGUCGCCGCCUUGAAAGAACAGGUCGAGGAAGGUAAAAUUGGAGGAAUCCAGCUGAGUGAGGUCCACUCGAACACGAUCAUCCCGGCCCAUGCGGUGGCGAAAGUGGAUAUGGUGGAAGCAGAGAUAAGCUUGUGGGCAACGGAUGUGUUUGAGAACGGAGUUGCCAAAACAUGCGCCGAACUCGGUAUCGUGAUGGAGGCACAUACACCUCUUGGGGCGGGCAUGUUGGCCGGAAGGAUUAGAAGUCAUGCGGAUCUAUCUCCCCAUGACUAUCACCGACAGUUUCCCCGGUUUCAGCCCGAGAACCUUCCCACCAACCUGCAGCUAGUAGAAAAGGUGGACGAGAUAGCGAAGGGGAAAGGAUGUACUCCUGCGCAACUGGCACUGAGUUGGCUUCGAACUCGCAGUGGCAUGGGAAAGUGGCCAACAAUCAUCCCGCUUCCAGGAGCACGCACAGUGGAGAGGGUUAGGGAAAAUAACACUCAUGUGCCACUAUCACGGGGUGACAUGGAACAGCUUGACGACAUCCACGGGAGGUUUCCUGUCACCGGAGGCCGCUAUCCUGCUGCCGCCACCAAGUUGACUGAGUAUUAG